CAGGGGCUGCCUGGAUCUCUCUGGCCUCUGGGUUGGGGGUAGUUCCUCUGUGCUCCUCUGUGCUCCCUGUGCCUGUCUUGGGAGCACAUAUCUGUUCAUCAGUUGCUCACUGACCCCUCCUCCGGGAGCCCAGCGAUGGGCUGGACACCAGCCCUGCUUUCCCAGACCCCACAGGUACUGGGGGAGGCAGAGGCAUGAAUUGGCGCCAUCAGAUGUGGCAGGUGCCACAGCCAGAGGAUGGUGAGGGCGCCGCGGAAGGAGGAGGGAUUGGGGAGAGCUUCAUGGGGGAGGUAACGAGCAUGCCUGGGUGACCGCGCUGGGUCCUCUUCCAUCCCUGGCAGUUUAGAGCACGGAUCUGGAACCAGAUGGAGCAGUGUGACCUCGGGCAAGUUACUUGACUGCUGGGGGUGUCUUCUCUUCAUAGACUGGGGAUAGCAACUGUCCCAGCCUCCUGGGGUCAUGGAACUGCAGCACAGCACCUAGUAGCUGUCAUAGUUUGCACUUAUCACGGGGCAGGCCCAGGAAGUACCUGCUGGGCAGAUGGCGGCCGGCGAAUGAGCCACAGGUGCUGGGAGGGACUGGUGUCCAUAUCGUGUCUCCCUAGGCUGACCUGCAGUGCCCUGGGCAGUUCCGAACACCCAGGACACUGUAGAGGGUUGUGGACUGAGAAGGCCAACCGUGGCUCUGGCCUGGCUCUACCUCUUUGUGAUCCCAGGAGAGUCCCUCGCCUUCUCUGGGCAGCAGAUUUUCAUCUAAACAAUAGAGGUUUUGGCCAGAGGAUCUCUGAGGGCCCUUCUGGCUCUGGCAUCCCACGGUCCCGAGUCCCACUCGCCAUGGUCACGAGCGUCCACUCUAGCUAUACUAGAAUGUUGUGACCCUCCGGGGCGGAAGGACACCCCCCCACAGGGGCAGUCCCUGUCCUUGCACUGGGUGCCCCACUUUGCCCACUUCACAGAUGAGAGAAUCGAGGCUCAGAGGGCUAUAGAACUUGCUUAAGGUCACACACCUUAUAGGAACAGAGCCGGGGCCUAAAGCCAGGCCUGUCUGAGUUCUGAGCACCUCCACUGGACCUUUUUUUUUUGUUGUUCGAUCCCUGCAGAUAGGCCCAAAGGGCGCGGAGAGGGGAAGCGGCUUGCCCAGGUCACAUACCCAAGCGAGCCUCGGAAUCGUGAGCUGGGAGGGGGAGGGGUGAGAGGAAGGUCCCUGGCUGCACCUGGCUGGACCCUAGCCCCACACAUGCCUCUUCCUUCCAGGUGGCCGACCAGAUGACACUACUACAGAACUGCUGGAGUGAGCUGCUAGUAUUUGACCACGUCUACCGCCAGAUCCAACACGGCAAGGAGGGCAGCAUCCUGCUGGUCACCGGGCAGGAGGUGGAGCUGACCACGGUGGCCGCCCAGGCGGGCUCCCUGCUGCACAGCCUGGUCCUGCGGGCGCAGGAGCUGGUGCUGCAGCUGCUGGCGCUGCAGCUGGACCGCCAGGAGUUCGUCUGCCUCAAAUUCCUCAUCCUCUUCAGCCUCGAUGUGAAGUUCAUGAAUAACCACAGCCUGGUGAAGGACGCUCAGGAGAAGGCCAAUGCUGCCUUGCUCGAUUAUACCCUGUGUCACUACCCCCACUGCGGGGACAAGUUCCAGCAGCUGCUGCUAUGCUUGGUGGAGGUGCGCGCACUGAGCGUGCAGGCCAGGGAGUAUCUGUACCACAAGCACCUGGGCAACGAGAUGCCCCGCAACAACCUGCUCAUCGAGAUGCUGCAAGCCAAGCAGACUUGAGCCUGGGCGGGGUGGGGCCGGGCCUGGGGCCAGGCUGGGGGUCGCAGCCACCCCCAAGGCCCUCCAGAUGGUUGAGUUUAUUCUGCGACCCAGGAGCCCCACCCUGUAAGGCCCUCUGCCCCUGCGCUCUCUGAAGCCCCGUGUUUGGGAAGCUGGGUGAGGGGGGAUGGGGCCUGGUUGAGGGAGGGUGGCCCCACGGGCACCUGCCUGCCACUCAGAGGGCCCCAAGAAGGCGGCUGCUAAGCACCCCCUCCCCCUCCCCUUGCUCCCAGCUGUCUGUCCUGGAGUCUGGAAGCACAGGUCCAGGGAGGAGGUUCGGGAUUCCCUGGUGGGCCUCCACGUCCCUUGGGUCAGAAGUCAUCCCUUUCCCCUCUCCGGGGAACAGAAGCAGAGAGACGUUGAGGGGGCAUCACCUAGGGGAGAAGAGAGGGUCUCCAGAACCCCCUCCCAGAGACCAGGAGGGAAGCCCUCUGUUUUGUGAACUAGGAGUCACUGAGUUUGCAAAGUUGGUCAGGCACUGUGGGGCCUAGAGGACACUAGGGGGCGGGUUAGGACCAAGCCCUCCUCCCUAGCCCUUACACCCCAUCUGACUUGUGCAGGGGAGAACUCUGACAUGCUAUCUGAAAAGAAUUUCACUACAAUCCGCUCUCUCUAUCCCUCUCCCAUCAGAGGAGAAGUUUCUAUCUCUCUGCCACCAGGGAGCUAGAACGUUCUAGCCCCACCCACAGUUGGCCAGCCCAGGCUGGUAUGUAUCUGCAAAGGCUGUAGUCAAGAGGUUUGUGGGUUUGUGGGUUUUAUUUGUUUUUUAAUCUAGUAUUCUAGAUAUCUUUGAAAGGUGUGUAUGUGGCGGGGCAGGGGAUGGAUUUGAGGAUUGAGGCUGGGACUUGGGGAUUAGCCCCAAGUACAGCCCAUGGUUUCCCUCCAAACACCCGCAUGCCAAGUACCCCAUGGGUGGUGUGGGACCAUUGUUUCAAUCCAGAGAGGAGUUGUUGCUUGCCCCUCCUUCGAUGAACAGCAGGGUGUCCUGUCGGGGCUCGGAGUCUCUGUGUGUAGGAACAUGGGUGAACUUGAGAAGGGUGUAUGGGUCUCCAGAUGGGGGACAUUGCUGAUAAGCCCUUUCCUCAUUGGCCCCGUCCCACUGGGUCCCUUGCUGCAAACCCUUGAAGCUGGGUCUCAGCUCCCUGGCCUCCUCCUGCCCUGUGUCCUGAAGGACACUCUCCAGGGCCAGGAGCUAGGGGGAGGCCUUGGCUGUCCUCUGUCCCCGGGCUGGGCAUCCACUGUCUUUCCUGCUUUCACGUUGCCAUUGCAGCUUGUGCUGAGCCUGCCCAGUUGGAGGUGACUGGGCGUCCAUUCUCCCUUGCCUUCCACCGCCCUGUCUCAGUGCCCACCCCUGCCCACUGAAAUGUGUGCCCCUGCCAAGGCCAGAGACCCGCAGCCCCAAAAUGAGAAGUGCCCUUAAGAAUCUCCCCAGCCCUUGCAGCCCUGGAAUAAAUUUUGCAUUUAGU